CGUCCGACGGCGGGAGGAGCCUCGCAGUGCCACGUUGAUGGUCACCGCUGGAGACGUGGAAUCUCGUCCUGUACUCUGGGCCAGCGCACACAAGUACGAAGCUGCAGACGCGAAGGAACAUUUAAGAUUGACUUGUUUUUGUACAUAGUCAAGUUGUAUUCUUGCGUGCAUGUACAAAUCUAGCAUAAGAUCAACGUUUAGGAAGUCAGGAUGAAACUGAAGGAGAUCAAUCGUACAGCCAUCCAGAGCUGGAGUCCCUCACAGCAACAUCCGAUCUACCUGGCAACAGGGACCUCCGCACAGCAGCUGGAUGCCUCCUUCAGCACCAAUGCCUGCCUGGAGAUCUUUGAGUUGGACUUGGCCGAUACGUCUCUGGACAUGAAGUCUUGUGGCACCUUCUCGUCCUCUCACAGAUUUCACAAACUGGUGUGGAGCCCCCAUGGGAUGGACGGGGCCGGUCACCCAAACGGGGUCCUGAUCGCCGGUGGGGAGAACGGCGAUGUCAUCCUCUACGACCCGGCCAAAAUAAUGGCUGGUGACGACGACGUCAUCAUUACUCAGAGCGACAAGCACACAGGGCCAGUGAGGGCCCUCGAUGUCAACCCCUUCCAAGCAAACCUGGUGGCGUCCGCAGGCAAUGAGUCUGAAAUCUACAUUUGGGACCUGAAUAACUUUGGCUCCCCGAUGACACCCGGACCUAAAACUCAGCCUCUGGAGGACAUCAGCUGCGUGGCGUGGAACCGUCAGGUGCAGCACAUCCUGGCCUCGGCCAGUCCCAGCGGCCGCGCCUCCGUCUGGGACCUCCGCAAGAACGACCUCAUCAUUAAAGUCAGCGACCACAGCAACAGGAUGCACUGUUCUGGGCUGGCCUGGAACCCAGAGGUGGCCACGCAGCUGGUCCUGUCGUCAGAAGACGACCGCAUGCCCGUCAUCCAAAUGUGGGACCUCCGCUUCGCCACGUCCCCGCUGAAGAUCUUGGAGAACCACACCAGGGGUGUCCUAGCCAUGGACUGGAGCUUGGCGGACCCUGAGCUGCUCCUGAGCUGUGGGAAGGACAACAGGAUUCUCUGCUGGAAUCCAAACACUGCAGAGGUUUUGUACGAGCUGCCCACCAGCACUCAGUGGUGCUUCGACAUCAAGUGGUGUCCCAGGAACCCGGCAGUGCUGUCAGCCGCAGCCUUCGACGGCAACAUCGGCAUCUAUUCCAUCAUGGGAGGCAGCAGCCAGGCUCAGAACCAGAGGCAAGCGGACCAAAUCACCAACUCCUUCGGGAACAUGGACCCGUUUGGAACCGGACAGGCUCUGCCCCCGCUGCAGAUGCCCCAAGCCCCCUGCCCCGCCCCCCCUGCCAUGGUCAACCCCCUGAAGAAGCCCCCCAAGUGGAUACGCAGACCCGUCGGAGCCUCGUUCGCCUUUGGCGGCAAGCUCGUGACCCUGGACAACGCACCAUCGAACCCGCAGCAGCCCGCCAAGCACGUGGUGCACGUGAGCCAGGUCGUCACGGAGACGGCCUUCCUGGAGCGCUCCGACCUUCUGCAGGCCACGCUGAGCAACGGGAACUUUGUGGACUUCUGCCAGGAGAAGAUCGCCGCCGCGCAGGAUGGCUUCGAGAGGACUGUCUGGUCCUUCCUCAAGGUUAAUUUUGACAGUGAUGUCCGUGGACAAUAUCUUGAUCUACUGGGGUACAAAAAGGAGGAGCUAGCUCUAAAGAUUUCCACUGCCCUGAAGGAAAUGGCUGAAAAGCCAGAGACGGUGGUGAGGGCCCCUGCCACUCUCCAGCCCACGGUGGCCCUCGAGCCGACCGAGGCCCCUGAAGACCUCCAGCCUACGACGGCCCCUGAUGCCUUCCAGCCUGUGGCGGCCCCUGCUGUCAGCAGCUUCAUGCCCCCCCCUGCUGACAUCUCUCCAGAGGCGGUGUUUGACCUCAUCUCGGCAGCAAACCUCCAGCCGGCCGACGAGCCGGCCCCCGCCCUCCUUCCCGAAGAGCCGGCCCCCGCCCCCCUUCCCGAGGAUGAGUUUGACCUGGACCUGGACGCUGAUAGCCCCGUAGACCUGGGCCUGGGGGAGGAGCUGGACCAGGAGCUCGAGGAGGGGGAGGAUGUGGAUUUGGGGGAUGAGGAGGAUUUCAAUUUGGAGGAAGAGGAGGAGGAGGAGAUACUACUACAGGAGGAUGUGGGUCUACCAGAAGAUGUGCCUGCUGAGCCAGCAGACCAGACCCCUGUGACGUUGGAGGACUCUGCUGUAGUCCCUGAAAUCGUCCCUGAUAUAGUCCCAGAUAUUGCUGCCCCUCCUGCUGCUGAUGAUACUGCUGCUCCUGCUGCUCCUGUUGCUGCUCCUGCUGCUGCUGCUCCUGCUCCUGCUCCUGCUCCUACUCCUGCUGCUGUGGCCCAGGGAGGCGUCCACCUCGCUGUUAGCCAAGACGUGGACGGGCUGAUCACCCAGGCACUGCUGACUGGAGACUUUGAGGGGGCUGUGGACCUCUGUAUCCUCGACAACCGCAUGGCCGACAGUAUCAUCCUGGCCAUCGCUGGCGGCUCGGAGCUCCUGGAGAAAACACAGAAGAAGUAUUUCUCCAAAACGCACACCAAACUUACCAAGUUGAUCAGUGCGGUGGUGAUGAAGGACUGGACGGACAUCCUGACGUCAUGUGACCUGGCCAACUGGAAGGAGCCUCUGGCUGCCGUCAUGACCUACGCCCGGCCAGACGAGUUCUCCGCCUUCUGUGACCUUCUGGGUGGACGCCUGGAGGUGUCCCAGGACGCCGUGCUCCAGGCGCAGGCGUCCCUGUGCUACAUCUGUGCUGGUAACGUGGAGAAGGUGGUGUCGUGUUGGACCCGGGCUCAGGCAGGGUACCUCCCCCUCUCCCUCCAGGACCUGGUGGAGAAGGUGGUGGUGCUGCGGCGGGCCGUGGAGCAGGCCCGGCGGGGCGGCGCCGCCCCCACCGCCAGCAGCGUCCUGCUGGAGGAGAUGAUGGGCCAGUACGCCGGCCUGCUGGCCUCCCAGGGCAGCCUGGCCACCGCCCUGGCCUACCUGUCGGGGAGCACCAACCAGCAGCUCCACAAGCGUCUAACUCAGGCAUUGGGCCAACCACAACAACAACCACAACAAAAACCACAACCACAACAACAACAACAGCAACAGCCAUUCCGGCCCGGCAGAACCCCUAUGCGGCGGCGGCGGCCGGCCCCAGGCCCCUUGUACAACCCGGGCCCGCCCUCCAUGGGGCCCUCCCAGCCGGCCCCGGGGCCCGCGGCGCCCCAGCCUACCUCCACUCCACCUCAACCACAGUAUUAUCAACCGGUGAGGGCUGCCUCCACUGUUACAUCGUGGAGUAACCAAACCCCCACAGCCCUCCCCAGUAUCCCCCCCGUUCAGCUAGCCAGUGGUCCCGACCAGCAGAACGAACCUCUGCCUCCUCCCAACCCCACGCACGGGAUGCCCGCCCCGGGCCCAGCGGCUGCCGGCGGCCCCCCGCCCUCCUCCGCUCCAGGGUACAUGUACGCCCAACAGUACCAGCCCCAGGUCAGCCACUAUGGAGCGCCAGGGACCGGGCCCAACUAUCAGCCGUUCCAGUACCCUGCAGCUUCUCUAGCUGCCCCCCCCUCCCCCACCUCCUUACCUCCGGCCCCUGGCUUCCGCUCUCAGUAUAUGCAGCCGGGCCCCGGGCCCUCUCCCGUAUACCAGCCUCUGUCGUGCUCUCCUCCGUACAACGCACCCUACUUUCCGACUGCGCCUACCUCUUCCUCCGCCUCUUCGUCUCCUACCUAUGCACCCGGUCCUCUGGCCCACGGAACGCCGUUCCAACAUGGCGGGCCUGGAUCGCCUGUCUCAUACAUGCAAUCACCGUUUGGAGGACCAGGACCUCAGAACGGCUGGAACGACCCUCCUGCUCUUAACAGAGCAGGAACAAAGAAGAAGGGCCUUGAGAACUACACUCCACCUGCCCCCAUCACCGCCCCCAUCAUGGGCCCCCCCGGCAGCGACCCCCAGGCCCAGCCCAUGUCCCCCGUAUCUCUGCAGGGAUCCAUGGACCCGGGCCAAGGGGCCUUCCAGGGCCCCUUCUCAGGCAGGCAGCAGCUCCCUCCCUCUUCUGGUGGUCACCCUGCCAUGCCUCAAACCAGCGUGGAAGGUCCGCCUGGAGCUCCGACGGGGGACCACAUACAGCCUAUGCAGUCCAUCCCCGCGGAGAAGAUCUUGAAGAAGCCCAUCCCAGAGGAGCAUGUGGUGCUCAAGACCACCUUCGAGGGAGUGAUCCAGAAGUGCUUGGCUGUUGCUAGUGACCCUCAAACCAAGAGGAAACUUGAUGACGCCAGCAAGCGCUUGGAAGCCCUGUAUGACAAACUCAGAGAGCAGUCGCUCUCCCCAGCCAUUGUAGGAGGUCUGCACAACAUAGCAAGGAGCAUAGAGUCGAGGGCCUACACGGACGGCCUCAACAUCCACACCCACAUAGUUAGCAGCAGCAACUUCAGCGAGACGUCUGCCUUCAUGCCGGUCCUCAAGGUGGUGCUGACACAAGCCAACAAACUCGGAGUCUAAGAAUUAUAACCAAAACGGAGAUGAAAGUCUCCUGCAGAUAGAUUAAGAGUAAUCGGUUAGGUGUUACCAUGAAUUUAUACAGGAAUUAUUUUAGGUUCACCUAAGCUUAAGGGAGCUUGACAUGAAAAUGAUUAAUUUCAAUCAUUACUGUUUUUUUCUGUGUGCCAAUUGUUCCUUUUAUUGCCUCACUUACAAAGUUAGGUGAGAAAAAGGGUUUGACCAAUACAAGCCAUACUCAUUGGGUCUUUACAACCCUCGGUAGUGGGGUACCCCCUGGUGCUCCAUGCUGAACCAUGAACAAUAAGGGCUACUCUGCAACCAGCCACACACUAACGCUUGCUAUCACUGCACAAAUUAAAUGACUUUAAUAUAAUUUAUCGUUUUAUUUGAAGUGAAUUGAAUAAAAGAAUAAUGUUAUGGAGCAAUCCAAUCAAAAAUAAAUUCAGAGUUUUAAAGUUUGGCCAGUUACAUUGGAUAAGAGAUAUUAUACUUGGCUGGAUUUUUCCUUGCACAGGAAGAUAAUAAAUGACAAGAGAUUAUUGUUCAUUGAUUUGCUGAAAUGAAAGGGAAUUUGUUUGUGUAUGAAAGAGAUCAAGGAUAAUGAUGAAUAAUGAAUCUGGAUUUCUUGGCAUUGAUAAACUCAUAACUAGAGAUCGGUUAUCUGUGCAUCUUGCACAUAUGUCCCAUGUCUAGGUAAUACUCCUUUUAAAAAAAGAAUAUAGAUACCAAUUGGAUUUAAAAUUUGAUGUGUAAUUGCAGAAAGACCAUUCUUUUUGUAAAAUUGGAUAUCAAUGUUUCUGUUUUGUUUUUGUUUGUAUUACUAGGCCAGAGAUUUGUUGAUGCAUUUUUAUAUCAAUUUGAAAGUCUUCUGGAAAUAUGUACAGUUUGGGAAACUAAUGCUGUUUAAAGAGCCCCAUUUCAACACAAUAAAAGAUCAUUACUAGAUGCUAAGUUGUAAAAGACACAUUAUCGCUUAAACAUCUCUGGUUGAAAGUAUGGUUUAAAUGGCAUGUAUGUCAAUGAGGAGUGUUAAUGUGGUAGUGGUAGUGAAGGUCUGACAAAUCAUAUUAACUUAAGGGUCGACCCCUUAUUUAUAAAAUGUAUAAGGUUUAUACGGUUUACCUGAGUUUAAUCAGGUCUGUUGAUUGUGAGGGACAUAACCUCACGUCUAUUGCGUUCACUGCCUUACUAAUUUGCUUUUAUUUCAUGGCUUUAAUUCUACCUGCAUUAUUUUAUAACCAGUAGGUCUAUAAUGAAUACAGAUUAUUGGACCAACUUAUUUCCAACCUGGGUAAUGUAAAUGCAUAGCAAUAUAUGCUCUAGUGUUAAUCUUAAUUCUUUCUUGAUUUUUUAUCUCAUUUUAGCAUAUUGUCUCUUCUCAAAGAGGUUAAUUAAAAAAUGUAGACACAUUUGUGGUUAAUGCGCCAAUGUAAUCAUCCCCAGUGGAAAGAAUUAGGAUCCCAGUUCCAUAUUUAAAAUACAUGACCAAAUUUCACAUUUCCAGUGUGAAGGAAAUGGAAUUGUUGUUUGGAAUUUACUACAUUCAAUAUUUUCAAUAAAUUGUAUUUAUUUAA